AUGAUUUUUGAGAUUUCAAAUUACUGUAAAGAUAUCAGUAAUUGUUUUAUAUCCUCUAAAAUAAAUUCAUCAUAGAAUGAAGAAAUUUUGCUUUAAAAAAUUCAAUCUUUGCAAGUAUUAUGAUUAAUAUUAAAAUUUUAUAGGAUAGUUUGAAAGAAUUUGAUUUUUGGUUUAAAACACAAUUCAGUAAUGAAGAACUUUUAGUUAAUUAUAUUUACACAUAAUUAUUAGAAGUUAGAAAAAUUAAUAAAGUAGUUCAAUCCAAAAAAAUAGAUGAAAAAUCCUCUGACAUUAAAGGAUUAAGUAUUGAUUCAUAAAAAAGUGCAGAAACUUAAUCUAGUAUCUACAGUGCUAUGUAUAUAAAUAAAAAAAUAGCUAUAGAACUUAAUAUAGACAAUAAACAAAAAAAUUAUAGAAAAAUGGAUCGUUAUUGAUGGAACUUCUUAAUUUCAACAAAGAAGAGUAAAUAGAUAAAUCUAUUCUCUAAACUCCGUCAAAACCUUAUUCACUUGAUAAGAUCUAUUAUGUAAUUAAUUUUGAGAUUAAUUGCUUGAAAUAAUAUGAGAUUAGUGGAGAGGAGGAAAUUAAGUUGCAAAAUAUUUAAGAUUAAGAAGUGUUAAGAUGGAUUCUUAAUACAAUUUAAGCAAAGAAUCAUUACAAAUAAACUUUACAAUGCAUUAUCAAUUCUGCUUAAGAAUUAGCAAAUUAUUAGAUUGAAGAUUUUACUUAAGCAAUUGAAAAAAUGAACUGUUAAGGAUCUUUAUAGAUUUGUAAUGAAAGUAUGAGAUCUAUCAGCAAUUAAUCCUUCUAAGUUAAUUAAGAUGCUUUCAAAUAAUUAAUAAUGGAUAAAAUAAAAUCAAGUAUGGAUGAAUAGAAAGAAAAAAAAAAGAAAGAAAAAUCGAAAAAGUCGAUUGCAUCAAAUAAAUAUGUUAAUAGUGAUUCGAAAGCCUGUAUGUGUUCGAUAUUUUGA